AUGCACCUCCCCAUCCUACCCCCCUCCAUCGUGGCUACCUGUCAAGGCCAACUUCACGCCUUCAACUCUCAGGACCUCGUCGAUGUCUACAUCCCAGACGGCCCUGAGACUAUCAUCUACACUUGUGAACAGCAGCUGUGCCCCAACUGGACACCCCAAUCAGUCGCGCAAGAUUACUCGCACUACAAGGCGAUCAGAAGGGCCCAACAUCUGCUUGGUCUCCGCAGCACCCUAGCAUCUCGAUCGGCCUCGUGGCAUUCUCGCCCUGUCUCCCCCAGCUCUCGCCUCCCUCAAACUGUCACCGGUCAAGUACAAGGAGAUCUCCCUCCAGACCCUGCGCCAGAGCCUGAGCCUGAGGAGGGUGCAGGUGAAGAAGGAGUCUCAGAGUCUGAGUCCGCAGAUUCUGCUCGGUCCGCCUCGCCGACAGCGCUCACCCCCGCGUCAGCAGUCCCUGAUUUACGUAACCCCCCCACCGAACUUUCUCCAGCGCCUUCACCGCUGACUCCGCCAAGAGGCCGCUCGCGCACUCGCUCCCCUCAUAGUCCGACCAGCGGAGGGCCAUCACAGCUGCCUUUGCCCCCGCAGUGUCCUCCAUCCCCCCCGACGCCGAUAAUGCCCUCCCCUGCAACCGCCCCCGAUAAGGAGACUUUGAAGCUCCUCCUCCCGCUCCGAUACGAUGGCAAGACUGUCAUUGAAUGCGAUAUAUUCUUGUCACAACUCCGCAUCUAUUGGUUGAUCAACACGUUGUUGACCACCAUCGAGCUCAAGGUGCAAGUUGCGUUGAGCUUGCUUGAUAGUGACGCCCGUGCCUGGGCCACUCCUUACUUUGCCCAACUCGCGUCGGUGCAGAUGGGUGUGCAAGGGGUCACGACCCUGUUCCAGAACGAAGCAGCCUUCACUACCGCCUUCAAGGCUCCCUUUGGAAAUCUCGACGACAAGGCGGCAGCACAAGUAGAGCUGGAGAAGCUCUGCGCGGACAAGUUGGUCCGUGAAAAACGCACCGCCGUGGAAUUCUCUGCGCUGUUCAAGGGUCCGGCGGACCGCUCUGGGUAUGGGGACCUGGAACUACGUGACAAAGACACUGAGAAGCGCGCCACUGAGGUAAAGCAGAUCCUCGACAUCAGCCGGGCCCGGCGGCCCAAGCUGAACAACUUCUUCUCGGCCCGAGGUCGAGGAUGUGGAGGGGCACGUGGUGGUGCACCCCAGUCACACGCAGCUUUGGCCAGCAUCAAUGCGGCCAUCGGAAAAGGAGACUUCCCCAGCAGUUGUUUCGGCUGCGGGAAGCAAGGGUACUGA